CCCCGGUGUCUGGCGGGAUGGAGCGCUGCGGCUCGCUUGACCCGCUGCCGCGUGCAGCGCUGCAGAGCGACAGAGCGGCUGUCACGCAGACCGGCAGGAGGACCAGCGGAGACAGCCGAGGACCAGCGCGCCACGGCGGGGUCGAGCUGACGGCGCUCCGCCCGGAGGCUCCAUCCCGGAGACGAGCCGUCCUCCAGCGGGCAGCACGGCAACAGGACCCGCAGACAACUUCCCAAAGUCCCGCUGCGUGAGCCCGGUCCAGAGGCUCGGUCCAGAGGCUCGGUCCAGAGGCUCGGUCCAGUCUCGUGAUCCCGGUCCAGAGGCUCGGUCCAGAGGCUCCGUCCAGUCUCGUGAUCCCGGUCCAGAGGCUCGGGGCUCGGUGUGAGGACCUCCUGCUCCCCGCACGCAUUCCGGUCGGAGUGUCGCCUCCAUCGGCUGAAGCAGACCCGUUUAUAGGGGAGCGAGCGUUAGUCCAGCACGGCACGGCACGACGCGGCACGGGGCGGAACGGCGCGGCAGCCCAUCGUUCAGGGUGUAACGGGAGCUCUGGACCGACCUGAGCCAUGACGACACAAAAGGCUGGAGGUAUUGCACUACCAUCACCUCCCUGCCAACGGAAGUCUCGCUUCACCCUACGAGGCAGAAAGAAGGACGGCGGAAUCCAAGGGAAACUUCGGAUCCGCUCCUUUCCUGGAGCUUUCCUGGUGCUGGGGGUCGUGGUGGUGGUUGUUGGCACCGCUCUGGCUGUGGCAGGAUACUGGUCCUACCGGAUACCGAGAGCGUCCGUCCUAGGGGCUGCAGAUGGGGAAGGUUUCACCGAGUCGCAGACUUCAGGGUGGAGUCUGCGAGCUAAGGGUCUCCUAUCUACAGCCGGUCUCAUGGACAGUGAGCGGAUGAAGCUGCUGGGCCCUGUUAUCAUGGGGGUGGGACUCUUCAUCCUCAUAUGUGCCAACACAGUCCUGUACGAGAACAGGGACCGAGAGACUCAGAUGCUGCUCUCUCAGAUGCGCAGUGUAAUCUGCUCUGUGUCUGCGGCGGUUCCCUCGGCAGACCUUAAAGAAAUAGCAGCAGCCAACUCCAUGGCCAAACACUACCAGUGGGUGAGCAGUCUACCAGCUGCCCAGCUCAACAUUCUCUGCAUGCAGCAGCUAGCCAGCUCGGAGCCGCUGCUCCGGACCGGCCGCUCCAGAGACCAGGAGCACAGCGUGGAGAGCAUCGACCAGCAAGCUGCUCUCCAGACAGAAGCCCUCCACCACCACGAGUCAGAGCCUCCAACGUCCUCCCACUCUUUCUUCUCCAACUCAUGUCAUUUGAGUCAGACAGACUUUAACACACCGUCUGGGGCCGAGCACGGGGUCAGUGCCCGCUUCCUCCCCACCCUGGUCAAGCUCAACAACUGCCUGGUGGCUGCCAGCUCCAUGUCCACACUGGACGAGGUAGAUAUGCCAAAUAUCCAGCCGAGGCGCUGCCACAGUAUGAGCUACAGGACUAACCUUUAUUCAGCUGGAACUGCUGUGCAGGGUGGAAGCCACGCACCGGGGGAGGAGGGAGGAAUGAAUGCACUGCUGGCCACGAGAGAGACCGGUUCACAGGUUUGCGUGAACAUCCCUUGGCAGGUUGUGGAUCCUGCAGAAAAGCAAACCCGCCGUAGCUGGCCUGGGCUAGACCUGGGCAGCAGCAGACGCUAUCUGAAACUCGAGAACAAAGAGGACUCAGUGGACCGACUGCUGGACCAGAUCGAGCAGCAGUGUUGUCAGUGGGAUCAGCAUUUUGGCUCUGGGCCUUUCCAGUGAUUGGGGGAUUCAAUUCCCCGGAUAACAAAGAAACGUCACUGGAUGGUUAAACUGCACUGCUGGUUCUCCUGUGUUGGGCGCCCCGGAGUAUCUGUUGUAAAGUAUUCCUCACAAGGAUCUUCCAAAACUUGAGCUUGUUCUCAAUCUUCAGUGGAAUAUUGAUACGCAGGUUAUGGUCCUGGCUUUGGCAGAUGUUUUAUAUCAUUGAAGGAACAUUCUAGAGACCCGACACUGUCACAGCAGAGAGAAGCAACUUGACACGCUGCAAGAAAUCAACUUGUCUCUCAAUGCCAGCAUGUGUGUCCAGCCCAGUGGGGCAGAGAGACGGUGGGGGUGUUCACUGUGUUUCCUUUGGAACCAAAAUACCUGGACUCCUGAGUUCAUAAGAGCUUUUCACAAAUGCAACUAGGAUAUCAAAAUGGGAUGUCUUCCCAUACUCUAAAUGCAAUGCAUGUCAGUGAUGUACAGUAUGUUACAUCCUAAUACUUAUGCAGAGAAUGUGACGUUUUGUUUUGUGUGUAUAAGAAACAAUGAUGGUUAAAGGAUCAUUCUGGUUUAUUACAUCUUGGGUCUUAUAGUCUUAGUUGGGCUCUUAUUUCUCCAAAGUCAGCCACCAUAACAUUGAUGACAUUGUUCUCCCCGACUUGGGAACACGAUGACAUCCCUGCAGCGGUCUCUGAACGGAGGUGGAUGCUAGUAAUGGACACUCUGGAUAAUAACCAGUAUAAUAGCCACUAUUUUCACGACUUCAACACACACACACACACACACACACACCCAUGUAUGAGCAGCCCCAGCACACAAGACUCCAAAUCACCCUCACACAUGUGUUCGCCCAUAUUGCAGUUAUGUUAAUUGUCUGAGUCAUGGAUGAAGUCUGAGUCCGGGAUGAGGUCCGAGUCCGUGAUGAGGUCAGACUCCAGGAUGAGGUCCGAGUCACGGAUGAGGUCAGACUCCAGGAUGAGGUCCGAGUCACGGAUGAGGUCCGAGUCCGUGAUGAGGUCAGACUCCAGGAUGAGGUCCGAGUCACGGAUGAGGUCAGACUCCAGGAUGAGGUCCGAGUCACGGAUGAGGUCAGACUCCAGGAUGAGGUCCGAGUCACGGAUGAGGUCCGAGUCCGUGAUGAGGUCAGACUCCAGGAUGAGGUCCGAGUCACGGAUGAGGUCCGAGUCCGUGAUGAGGUCAGACUCCAGGAUGAGGUCCGAGUCAUGGUGAGUCUUUUCUUUUCAAACCUGUGACAUGAAGCGUUUACAUGUUAAAUUGCAUUUGACACUUAAUAUUCUCAUGACACGUUAUUUGAAGCAUCUGUAGGCAGUAUAUAAAGAGUUAAUGACUUUAAUCUAGAUGUAAACAGACAUACGUGUUUAUUACAGUAUUGGUCAGCUGUAUAAAGUAUAUAUAGAGUGGCGGUUGUGAACAUGACAUAUCUCUUCAUAGUCAUACUGCAGGUUAACGAGCAGCUGUGUACAACUCCAUUAUAAUACUGCUUAUGAAUGCUCCAUAGAAACCCUGAACGCACCGUCGAUGUUGCAUGCUACAUGUCUUCGACAUGUCUUCUCCAUGUCUUCUACAUGUCUUCUCCAUGUCUUCUCCAUGUCUUCUACAUGUCUUCUACAUGUCGUCUACAUGUCUUCUACAUGAUAUCUUCUACAUGUCUUCUCCAUGUCUUCUACAUGACGUCUCCAUGUCUUCUCCAUGUCUUCUACAUGUCUUCGACAUGUCUUCUCCAUGUCUUCUACAUGUCUUCUCCAUGUCUUCUACAUGUCUUCUACAUGUCGUCUACAUGUCUUCUACAUGAUAUCUUCUACAUGUCUUCUCCAUGUCUUCUACAUGUCUUCUACAUGACGUCUCCAUGUCUUCUACAUGUCUUCUACAUGUCUUCUCCAUGACGUCUCCGUGAUGUCUACAUGUCUUUGUGGCAGCUGUCCCCAAUCUGGCCUCGGCUGCUGGCUGGUUGACAAUCAGUCAGCUGCUCUGACUGAGUGGCAAUCAGUCAGCAGCCGAUGCUGCUUGUAUAAAAGGGCAGCAGAGCUGGAGGGAGAGGGGGAGUGAGCAGAGGCGCAUGUUUGGCGGUCUGCUCGGUGUGUGGUGACAGAAUAAAUAUGUCAUUGAGCGAAA